AUGGGAGACGGCGCUCAGCUGGUGGUCUUGGAGCGGGAAGAGCACGAGAUUCCGUGGGGUUUCAACGUGGUCCCCUGCCCCGAUGGAGUUGCACGGAUCACGCAGGUUGAACCAGGGAGUCUGGCCGAAGAAUUUGGACUCUGCGAUGGCGAUCGUGUUCUCCAAGUCGGACGGAUGAAAGUUGAUCCCCGUGAUGGCCUCAACCUGAACAACAUCAACAUGCUUCUGAGAAUGCCUACACCUCAACUGGAGAUCGUGGUACUGAGGGACGAUUUCCUCGAUCGGAAUCUCGGUCCAGACAUUCCCAAAAGGAAAUUACAAGAAUUCCACCCGCUACCUCGAAACCAAAGCGAAGACGACGAAUCAGCCGACGAGGACGACGAGGAAAUCGUUCCCUCGGUGCCCGUCAGAGCUCUCUCUGAAUAUUGGGAGCAUCCCGAUCAAGCGGGAUUCGAACCCACCCGACCCAAGCCUGGUUUCCUGCCCUCUGAGAGAAGCGAAGUUGACGAGUGGCAUCAACGCGAAGCUGCCCGUCGUCAAGAGAGGUACGAAGAAGAACGUCGUCAGAACGAAGAACUUGAACGUCAACGAGCCACCGACGAUCGAAGGAACAGGAUGUCUGAGCAAGAGAACGUCAGGACCAUCGAGGAAACACUUCCAGACGGAAGAAAGAUCAUCAGGAGGAUCAUAACUAAGAAAGCUGGCGCCGCCCCCGUCGCCGUUCCUGAUGGAGAUCGUGAAGUACAAGAAUUCGAGGAUACUCUCCCGGAUGGAACGAAGGUCAUCCGACGGGUCAUUCGCACCAAGAAACCUGCCCAACAAGAGGUUCAGCAACAGAACGACGAAAACGUUAGCAUCCGUCAGGUGGAGGAGACGUUACCCGACGGGAGGAAAGUACUUCGCACUUAUCGCACUGUCAAGAAACAAGUUCAGCAACAAAACUCCGAGCAGACUGACGGCGAUCAGCAGCGAAAGAUGACCCAACUCGACGAACAGCAACUCAAGCAAAUUCAGGAGAUCCGCCAGCAGCCCGGGGGUCAGCAGACAAUGGUUCAAAAGAUCCAGCAAACCCAGCAGAUGCAAAGGGUGGAACAAAUCCAGCAAACCCAACAGAUACAACAACAGAGGGCCGAACACAUCCAACAGGUACAAGAGUACAAGAGCAUCACGAGCACCGACAGGUCGAAGAACACACACGAGUCGUCGAACAACGAGAACACCAAGAACAAGUUCAUCAAAUCCGGCACGAAACGUCUCAGCAAAAGGUACUCAAAUCUCAGAGACGAGACCUCCCCCGUCCCGACCAAGAGCCGCUCUCCCCCGCCGAGGAGCCGAUCUCCUCCCCCGAGACCUCUCCAGCCUGCUCCUGAGGCGAUACGUCCGCAAACAAAGUCCAGAUCGCCUCCACCCCGUCCCUUGAAUCAGGCACCCGAACCAAGGCAGGCUCCACCCCCGCAACAGCAACCGAAGCCCCAGCAACAGCAACCGAGGCCUCAGCAGCAGCAGGUUCCGUCGCCGUCCAACGCGCCGCCGAGACAGCCGGUCGCGGCCAUGCAGAGACCGCCGCCGACCCCUAGGGCUCAAAGGAAGGUGGACAGGAACUGGGAGGAACAGCAGCGUAGGGAGUUCGAGGAAUAUCUCCGCCAACGUGAAGAGCAAGGCCCUCCGCCGCAAGGUCCGAAAUCGAACGCCGACUAUGUGAGCAAGUACCAGGAGCAGCUCUUAAAGAGACGUCCCUCCCAAGGAGGUCAUCAACCGGGCUCGAUCGAGGACUACAGAAAACAAUACGAAGAAUCUCUCAGAAGAGGAUCUGGAUCUGUUCCACCACCACCUCCCGGAGCCAAUACCGAAUACAUCCGCAUGUACGAGGAGACUCUCAAGAAGAAGGAAGAACUCGACAAACAGAGGGCCGAGGGUCGCUUCGAGAGGGGGCAGACCAGGACACAGGAAGAAUACAAAAGGUUUUACGAAGAAGAGCUCCGUCGCAAGCAAACACUCGAACAGGAGCAGGAGGAAGAACGAAGACGUUAUCUGGAGGAACAGAGCAGACAGCGGGAACACAUCAGCCGAAGCAAGGAGCUCUAUACCCAACAACUCCAGAAGGAUAUGCAGAAGAAAGAGCAUCUCGUCACGAGACCGACCGAGCUAAGGCCCGAGAGGGUCGGGAGCCAGGCGAGUCACUGGGAGAAAAUCGCUGACAGUGAGCGAGCCAAGAUGGGCGCGCCCCAGGUGCCUCCGUCUCCGAAGAUACAGAGGAAGAAUUUGGACGCUUGCUGGCCGCCGAAGCGCGAGGACGGAGUCCUGGUCCGACCCGCUUUCUCUCGUGAAAACUCUUUCCACGGCAGUUCAAGAAAGGUUUAUCAGUGGCCUCCACCGAGGGCAUCGUCUGUCGACCGCGAACGACCGUCGACGCCCAUGGGCGACCUGAAACACGAUAUUCAGUGGAAUCAGCAAGACUUGGAACGCGAGAGGAUGACAACCCCGCCGCCAUUCGCCCGCUCGCCCCAGGUCGGGAGGCGUAAGGUUGUCUGGCCGCCACCGAGUCCGACCAGUGAACAAGCACCCUUCUUCGAGCCGGGACAGCGUCGAGGCUCGCAGACUGCUUCGUUAGAAGAGUACCUCGCCAGCCAGCAGAGUCCUGUCCACAUCCCCGCGACCUACCGACCGCCCCCAGGAACUUCGCAUCACGAAGACCAAUCUUUCUAGUUUCGAUCCUUAAACUAGUCCCUCGAGGACGUAGUUUACCUUUUCUGAACCAGAUUUCAAGCUUUUGAGAGCAUAAACUUAUCGCCUGCGAAGAGCACAAACGCUUUUUAUACUGUAUCCCCUGUUUUGAACUCGAUCAUAUUACGUCUAGAUCCCCCUAUGAAUUGUCAGAAGAGCUGCCAGGUCACGCCAGGAGCGUGCCCGGAGGAAGACGCCCGUCGAGAUGAGCAGCCCAAGCAUAGGAGAUAAACUCUCCGUGGGAAAGUUCAGCUCCCCGGCAAAAAGUCCACAGUGCUAUCGAUUCCUGUAAAUGUUCCGAUCUACCUCAAUCUGCGAGUCCCGCCCUUCGAAUAAAAAAUCCA